ACAGCCGAUAACAACUGUUCCCGACUCCAUUGCUUCCGGUUUUGGACAGCUUCUACUUCGCGGCUACACACUAAAGUUUCAUUCUUGCUUGCUUACUCCCCAGAAUUAGGGUUUUCAAUUCCCAUGGAUCCCCACACUCGCCUCGAUGACGAUGACGAUUUCGGAGGUGACUUUCCGGGAACUAGCGGUGCCCGCCGGUCAGGUAACAAGAGAAGCUUUGGGGAGAUUGAGGACGAAGAUGAUUUCUUUGGCUCAAAGCAGGUUAAAGCAAAAGUCGAAGAAACUGCUCCUGGUGUUGCAACAGGAAUGAUUUUGUCUCUGCGUGAGAGUCUCCAGACCUGUAAGGAUGAUCUUGCAAAGUGCCAAAUGGAAUAUGAUGCUGCAAAAUCUGAGGUUCAGAAGUGGCAUUCUGCAUUUCAGAAUGAACCCUUUAUAAAUCCGGGGACUUCUCCUGAUCCUACAUUAGUCAUCAAUUAUCUUCAGACCCUGAAAAACUCUGAGGAGUCACUGAAAGAACAGUUGGAGAAAGCAAAGAAAAAGGAAGCUGCAUUCAUAGUUACAUUUGCAAAACGGGAGCAGGAGGUUGCAGAGCUCAAGUCUGCAGUUCGGGAUCUUAGAGCUCAACUCAAGCCACCAUCAUUGCAGGCAAGAAAAUUGUUGCUUGAUCCAGCAAUUCAUGAAGAAUUUACUCGUCUAAAGAAUUUGGUUGAGGAGAAAGAAAAAAGAUUGAAGCAGUUCCAGGAAGAUGUCGCUGCCAAUAAUUUUACUCCAACAAGCAAGAUGGGGAAACAGUUAAUGGCUAAAUGUAAGACCCUGCAAGAGGAAAAUGAGGAGAUCGGCAAUGAAGCAUCUGAGGGAAAGAUGCAUGAAUUAUCCAUGAAACUUGCUUUGCAAAAGAACCAAAAUGCAGAACUUAGAAGUCAAUUUGAAGCAUUGCACAUGCAUAUGGAGGGCCUCACAAAUGAUGUGGAAAGAUCAAAUGAAAUGGUGGUCAUCAUGCAAGAGAAGCUUGAACAGAAGGAUAGUGAAAUCAAAAGAUUAAAGGACGAGCUAGAGCAGAAGAGCGUAAUGGUGGAGGAGAAAAUUGAUCCAGCUUCUGAUAAUGGAAAAUUCAGCGAUGAAGUGAUGGUAUCUGGGGAAGCCAAUGGCUCAGAUGAUAAAGAUUUGUAGGAUAUCAUAGUUUUCAAUAAUCCUGUUUUAUGUACAUUUAUCAUUAAAUUUUGAAAACUGAGUAGUCUGGUGGAAAUGCAAUGUUUUGGGAGCGUUUCUGCUUCAAUGUAGUUUUGGCGCAUGUGUUGUCUCAGUGCGCAAGCGAAGGCUUUUCUUUUAAUGCUGAGUAACAAUCUGCUCUAUGGUUAAAAUUUCAAA